CUGAUCAGUGGUGGUUCUAUUGUAAGUGCUGAGGCAGUAUGGGAUCACGUCACCAUGGCCAACCGGGAGUUGGCGUUUAAAGCAGGAGACGUUAUCAAGGUCCUGGAUGCUUCCAACAAGGACUGGUGGUGGGGUCAGAUCGAUGAUGAAGAAGGGUGGUUUCCCGCCAGCUUCGUGAGGCUAUGGGUAAACCAAGAAGAUGGAGUGGAGGAGGGAACCAGCGAUGUGCAGAACGGCCACUUGGAUCCAAGCGCCGACUGCCUCUGUCUCGGCAGGACCGUUCAGAACCGAGACCAGAUGAGAGCCAACGUCAUCAAUGAAAUCAUGAGCACGGAGCGCCACUACAUCAAGCACCUCAAGGACAUCUGCGAGGGUUACUUAAAGCAGUGCCGGAAGAGGAGGGACAUGUUCAGCGAUGAACAGCUAAAGAUCAUCUUUGGUAACAUUGAAGAUAUCUACAGAUUUCAGAUGGGUUUUGUCCGGGACUUGGAGAAACAGUACAACAACGAGGACCCCCAUCUCAGUGAAAUUGGACCCUGUUUCCUUGAACACCAAGACGGCUUCUGGAUCUAUUCAGAGUACUGUAACAACCACUUGGACGCGUGCAUGGAGCUCUCCAAGCUGAUGAAGGAUAGCAGGUACCAGCAUUUCUUCGAAGCGUGCCGUCUGUUGCAGCAGAUGAUUGAUAUCGCCAUCGACGGGUUCCUCCUGACGCCGGUGCAGAAGAUCUGCAAAUACCCCCUGCAGCUCGCCGAGCUCCUCAAGUACACGGCGCAGGAUCACAGUGACUACAGGUAUGUGGCUGCUGCUCUCGCCGUCAUGAGGAACGUGACUCUGCAGAUCAACGAGCGGAAGCGGAGGUUGGAGAACAUUGACAAGAUCGCUCAGUGGCAGGCCUCCGUGCUCGACUGGGAGGGAGACGAUAUCUUGGACCGCAGCUCGGAGUUGAUCUACACGGGAGAGAUGUCCUGGAUUUACCAGCCUUAUGGACGGAACCAGCAGCGUGUUUUCUUUCUCUUUGAUCACCAGAUGGUUCUCUGCAAGAAG